CACUUUGAACGAUUUUCGCCGUUGUGAGAUGAGUUAUCGUGUAAGUUCCGCCUAAGGAUGCCCCCUGGUGCGCCAUAUCAUGGGAGGGUGCCUCCCUACACUGAUAUACGCGUCGACGCGUCCGCGACACCACAUGGCGAGGAAAACGAGGUCACUCACCUCCACUUGCUCACACAUGUGCAUUCCGACCAUAUCUCUGGUUUGGAGAACCCAAGCUUCGGACAGCCCGUUGUAUGCUCCCUUGACUCGAAGAAUAUGCUGUUAAGAGCUGAAAAAGGACCCGACCGGAUCGCGUAUGAUCGGGGCCACACCCCGCAUGUGGUGAGACCGUGGGCUCAUUUGCAAACGAAUGGGCGCGACGGACGCGGGAUAUCGAGGGACCUACUGCGGCCGAUACCACUUAACUCGCCAGAACGCUUUCUUCUCAAAGGUGAUGAAGAGGUUACUGUCACGGCUAUCGAUGCGAAUCAUUGUCCUGGAGCCGUCAUGUAUCUUAUUGAGGGCUCCAAAGGUGCAAUUCUUCACACUGGAGACUUCCGUGCUGAACAGAGUUUUCUGGAAGAAAUCAAGAAAAACCCUUUUCUUGCUCCGUACCUUGCGGUAGACUCGCGCUUGGACUUCCGCCAUCUUUCGGAUCCGUCUGUGGCGAAAGCGCCGCAGCCCAUUCUUGAAGCCAUCUACUUGGACACUGCCUGCCUUUUAAGCACCAUAGAUGCACCAUCGAAGAGGGCUGCCACUUCUGGCCUUGUCAAGUUAAUGAGCAAAUACCCUCGAACGACGCGAUUCUUCAUCAACGCUUGGACGUGGGGGUAUGAAGAUAUAUUGAAAGAAAUUUCCAAAGCUUUUGGUGCGAAGAUUCACGUAGAUAGAUACAAACUAGUGAUAUUCUCGUUGCUUCAAUCCGACCCUAUGCUUCGGGCCAUCAUAACUCUUGAUUCCUCGUCGACCCGUUUCCACGCAUGCGAGCGUUUCAAUCGCUGUGACCAUGUGCCUUCAGAUGAUGCCGACGUAGUCUAUGUGAAUGCGGUAGAGUGCUCACUUGGCACUUGGCACUCUUGGUACUCUGACACGAAGGAGAAACUUAUCAACGGAGAGUUGAUUCGUAGCCUAAUCGUGCCUCUCGCUCGGCAUUCGGGCCUCCCGGAAUUACAGCGAUUUGUCUCACUCUUCCGACCGAAGCGAAUUGUUCCAAAUACUGUUCUUCCACAAUAUCAUGGCGCUGAUUGGGCAUGUAUCCCGAUGGCGUUCGGCCAUUGCAUGAGCCCCGGGGCCGCAGAAAAGGUCAAGGAAGAUAUGCAGGCUAACGGGUAUUCUGCAUGGACCGACAUGCUGCAGGACCGGGGGGAUGGUCUCAUACAGGAUGAUUUGGAUUCCCAGGCUUGGGCUUCAAGAGGAGGCAGGUCGCCGCAGUUAGAUGGGGUGUUCACUCCCACCUCGGUUCAGAAUGUCGAGCUUCCCAAGGGCGUCAAUUUAGGUUCAUUAUUUCCCCACUGGGAAAAGAGUGCACUUAGCACGUCAUCAGCCAGUCAUGAGGGACGCAAAUGGCGUGUCAUGGAACAGCUCGAGUGUUUCCUUGGUGGAGGGAGUGCCGCUGAGAGAUUUAGCAACCCCAUUGCGGGAGGAGUCUCCCACGACACCUCGUGGCAGACGACUCGGCUGCAACCCCAUGGGGUCUGCCCGUCAACUCGGUCUGAAAACGCGCUCGUUUGCCCAGCAAACCAUUGUUCAAGCAACUUACCUCUAAACAACACCUUGCCUCACGGGGCAUCCCCCGCAAAGCCCUCCCAAUGGCAAGCCAGAUCAAUCCAGUCGAAGGAGUCCAUAACCGGCUGCAAUCGACAGUUUCGCACCGCUCAAUCCCCGAAAGGGACGGGGGUUGGUACGCCUGCUCGGCCAAGGGGCGAGAGGGAAUCGCAGGAACAUAACUCACGCACGUCCGUGGAAAACCAACCUCGCUCUACAUCCGGCCAGAAAGACAAGCUACCUCAUCAAGCUUCAUUAUUAGCCUCUGACGCAGGCACAGAUGAUGAUAUUCUUCAAGAACUUGCGCGUGCUAGAAAAAGCCCGUCCAAGGAACCGUCUCACAACCCGCAAUGUGAUAUAGAUGCUCAUUCGAAUACGAGGCCUAGCAGUCCUUCCUCUCUCGGCCCUCUUCAACCUAUUUCCAACGGCGUUUCACCCCGAGUUCAGUCCCAGUCCCAGAUUCUCAGUGGAGGAAGUCAAACUUCUCUUGACGAGAUCGUGUCAACUCGACCCUCGAAGGACCAUGUCUCAUCUCCCUCCAAGGAAGGCGUCUCGCGACGUGCCUUGUCUACUACUUCCAUCGGUUCGGACGCUACUUUCCGAUCUUCCCAUGAUCUAUCUAGAAACGACGCUGCUGCGAACUCGCCCCCCGCAUCCGUAACCGGUCUCAAACCGACGAAGCGGUCGUUUGACCCUGCGGUUCUUGCAUCUCAAAAACGUCAGCGUACAGGCUUGAAGGAGUUGCUCAGAAAAUGCAGCGACGCAGAGAUGCGAAUCGGCGCUCCCCUUCAAGUUUCUCGCACGUCCAGUUCACUACGUUCGAUUCCCCCAGAAAUAGCAGAACGAACACCUCAGCCGGGGAGGAAAGUCCCAUUGGGAUACACACCCUUCCACUUACCGACGAAUCACCUGGCUCUACCGAUGUGCACCUUAUCAAGGGAAAUAUGGAAAGACUCCGAGAUGGGGAGUACUUGGAACUUCGCUGCCUCGACAGCCAGUGAGCCGGAACGACUAUUUUAUAUUAUUUAUUCUGUUGUUGUGCUCGGAAAGUGUUGUUCAUCGACAUCUCUUAAUCAACUAGAUGAGACGCGGCUACCUUGUCACCUCAUGCAAGAUUAA